AUGUCGGGAGCCAGUACUUCUACGAGUCCGCCUAUGGCUUCGAUUAGCGAUGUAAACACAUUAUUUCAAAAUGCAAAGAAAUAUGAAGAAUUAAAUGUAAUUGGAACUGGAGCCUAUGGCACAGUAUACAAAGCGCGGGACCUCCACAACGGAGGCAAUAUUGUAGCCAUGAAGAAAGUGAAGGUGGCACUCACAGAGGAUGGGAUCCCUCUCUCCACACUCCGAGAGAUUGCACUACUGAGGCAACUGGAGGCUUAUAGACAUCCUAAUAUAGUCAGACUCCUGGACGUCUGCCACGGUGGCCAGUCACUGGAACGCGACCAGCAGCUGGUCCUGUUCCUGGUGUUUGAACACGUGGACCAGGAUCUGGAGUCAUUCCUCAAGAAGUCACAGUCACCAUUGUCACAUGGAGUUAUCAGGAAUAUGUCAUACGACAUUCUAUCAGGCAUAGACUUCCUCCACUCACACCGCAUCGUCCAUCGCGACCUAAAGCCACACAACCUUCUGGUGACCUGCUCCGGACGAGUCAAGCUGGCCGACUUCGGGCUCGCCAAGACUUAUGAUACAGAUAUGAAAUUAACCAGUGUGGUGGUGACGCUGUGGUACCGUCCGCCCGAGGUGCUGCUGGGCGCGCGCUACAACACGGCGGUGGACGUGUGGUCGGCCGCCUGCGUGCUGGCGCAGCUGCACUCCAGGAAGCCCCUGCUGCCCGGCGCCUCCGACUCCGACCAGCUGCAUUGUAUAUUCAGGCUAAUAGGCAGACCAUCCCGGUCAGAAUGGCCGGACAAUGUCUCCAUCAUGCUGGACAGCUUCCCGGAGUACCAGCCACAGGACCUCGCUGAAAUCUUACCUAGGAUACACUUCCAAGCGUUAGAAUUAAUUAAGGGUAUGUUAGUAUUCGACCCGGCCAAACGACUCACGGCACUGGACUGCCUGGAGCACCCAUACUUCACAGAUGAACCGUUGAUGUAA